UCAGGCGGUGCUGGGCCGAGGAGGGGUUUUGGAGGGGUAGAGCUCGGUGCUUCUGUGGCUUGUGAUAGAUGUUCAUGGAGGAAACUCCGCUGGAGGUUUCUCUUCCUCUUUCCGUGAAGCCCCUCGCCUCACCUUUCCCGUCAGACUGCCCAGGUCUGCUGUCGGAUGCCAUGACAGAUGUUCCCGUGGAUAGCGCGGCUGCGGCCAGGACCUCUGCGCCCGAAGGGCUGACUCUUGCUGAAGAGGAGGAGUUGAGAUCUGAGCUCGCCAAGGUUGAAGAAGAAAUUGGUACUCUCAGGCAAGUUCUGGCUGCUAAAGAGAGGCACUGUGGAGAGCUGAAGAGGAAGCUAGGUUUGACUCCCUUGGAUGGGUUAAAGCAAAACCUGUCUAAAAGCUGGCACGAUGUCCAAGUCUCCAGUGCUUAUGUGAAAACAUCUGAGAAACUUGGAGAGUGGAAUGACAAAGUGACACAGUCUGACUUAUAUCUUUCAGCCAGCAGCACACUGGAGGACUGGAAUGAAAAAUUAACUCAAUCAGAAGCUUAUAAGAAGACCCAGGAAACCCUUUCCCAGGCAGGACAGAAGACUUCAGCAGCGCUUUCCAAUGUAGGUUCUGUUAUCAGCAGGAAACUUGGUGACAUGAGGGAAUUUCCUAUUCCAUUGUGGCUGGGAGUAUCCAAGUGGGCUCACCCGUUCUCGCAUUCCUUUAGCAGCUACUCCAUUCGCCACUCGAUAAGUAUGCCAGUGAUGAGGAAUUCUGCAACCUUCAAGUCAUUUGAAGAUAGAGUUGGGACCAUAAAGACUAGCAUUCGGGCAAAUGGCCUCUCAGAUAUGUGAAGUCUUUGCUACAUCCAGAGUGGUGGGCAGCAGGGAAAAUAGCACUGAAGGCCUCCACUCCCCCUCAGGAGCUGGAGACAAGCCUCCACAAGACAACGCUCCUUUCUAGACCUGCGAUGUGGCUUUGCACGGCUGUGCACAACUGUAAGAGUGAGCCCCCUCCCUCCCAAAUCUUCACAACAGCAACAACAUGCGAAUCCAAGAAGGGGCUGAGAGCCAGUCUGGAGAGAUCCAUCAUUCAUUCAUAGACACUGCUGCUGGAUCCAAGUCAAAUAAAGAGAAUGCAAAGUUUUGUACACAAAUAAUAUUUUACACUAAAGUUUGUAGAUUAAAUGUAUCACUGCUGUCCUUUUGGGAGAGCAUGUAAGAUGGAGUUUCCUUAAAGCAGCUCAGAAAUGCCACUGUUGCAGAUGAAAACAGUUUUCCCUUGUCUGACAUAACUUGGAACAGAUACGUUGCCCUGAGCAGCGUGAGGAGGGCAGCUACUGGAGAAGCCAAGUGCAUGGGCUUCUUAGCUUCAGCUUCUGGCUAUGUUCUCUGUUCAGGGCAUGCCAUGCAGCUACUCGGUGAGCUCCCAGGCUUCUCCCGUUACUGUUUUCUCUGGCUCUCAUUGGAGCAGUCUUGUAAAUGGGGUAAACAGUUGGGUUUUCUUCUGGGCUCCCAAAAGGAAAACUUCACUUAGCAGCUGCCUCGUUGUUACACUAAUGCUCUAGCUUUAACAAAACUAAAAAUCUUUAUUUUUAAAUGCAAUGAACUUUAAAGAAAUAAAGCUUAAAAAAAAAAAAAAAAAAAAAGGAAGCUUCGGCAUCAUAUUAGGGAAAUGCUCCCUUGGACUCUGAAACUGAAUUGCAAGCCUUACAUCACCUUAUGCUUUACUUGUUUAUGAUUUUUUUUUUUUUCUAUAGAGAAGACUGUAAGGGUUAUAAAGCUGGAUGUUGAGCACUGGAGUUUUGCAUCAUACAGUAGUAGCAGCAUGCUUAUAAGCCUGUUCUUGUGUUAGAAUUCAGUGGUGCACUCCAUUUCCUGAGUGUAUGAAACUUGCUUCUCCCUUCUCAGUUUAUGCCUUCGUUCUUGGAGGAAGAAUUUCUGAAGGCUGCUAGCAACAGGGCCAGAUUAAAAAGGCCAAAGCUGUCUCUAGCAAUACGGACACUAUGUUGGAGGGACUCUGCUCUGCUCUCUGUGGGCUCCUCCAUCUGGUACAUCUGACUGUGACUGGAUGGGUUUUUCAAUUGAAAGCCCCAGCUCUAAUCUUGGUUUACAAAACUGGCAGAGAAUCACAGAGCUCAACCAGUUCCCCCAGGGGCUGGACGUUUUACUCUUUUGAUGUCCAACUUCAUUGCUCAGGAGCUGAAAAAUUCCACGUUUUCUUUUAGAUGCCUGAUCUUAUUCUAGGCAAGGUGCCUCCACAUAGAAAUAUCUAGAGUGAGCAGUUCUGUGCCUUGGAGGCGAAGUGGCACUUACUCAGGUCUUUAGACUUGCUUAUGUACAUAUCUGGGUAGUUUUAGUGGUUUAUCACCCUGGAGGGACUGAUCCGUCUCUGACCCUUCUUUAGAGAAGCAAGUUUUGACACUUACCUGCUGAUUAAUCUCCGUUUCCCCCACCCCUGCUCCCCUCCCUCUGCAGACCUGGGGACGCGGGAUGAAAUAUUAGAAGGCAGAUGUACUAGGCAGUAGGUGGAGUGUAGAGUGUCAUUUACUGGCACUCCUUGUUUGACUGAAACUGGCCUCCCUGUGAGGAACAGAGCCAGUGAAACGGGGACUGCUGGAGCUUGGGUAUUGAACUGUUUCUCUAUAUGGAUAAAUAGUGAGGAAACUUGUCAAUAAAGCGUUCCUUUGGGAGAAA